GGUGAAAGUGUAUAUAUAUAACGACCAUCCACCACCAAAUUCAAUGCUAAAUUCUAAAAAAAAAAAAAGAGUACGUCCCCAAUACACCUCCACAAUGAGCAACCAAGAGGACUACAAAGCCAAGGAGACAAAGGCCGAUCUCGGGGAGCGGUGGCCGCACGGAGGGAUUCGGGGCAGCUGCGGAGGGUGGCUAACGAGCGACAGAGGGAGCGGCACCACCUACGACCUGGUGGAACAGAUGCAUUUCCUUUACGUUCGGGUGGUGAAAGCGAGGGAGUUGCCCUUAAACCCCGUGACCACAAGCUGCGACCCCUACGUGGAGGUCAGGCUGGGGAACUACAAAGGCAAAACGAAGCACUUUGAGAAGAGGCCGAACCCGGAGUGGAACCAGGUCUUUGCAUUCUCCAAGGACAAAAUCCAGUCCUCCACGCUGGAAGUCGUGGUGCGGGACAAGAAUAUGGUUGGGAGGGACGACUGCAUCGGCAGAGUGGUGUUCGACAUGAAUGAGGUCCCGACAAGGGUCCCGCCAGACAGCCCGUUGGCACCGCAGUGGUACAGGCUGGAGAACAGAAGCAGGGGGGAAGUGAUGGUGGCUGUUUGGAUGGGGACGCAGGGCGAUGAAGCGUUCCCGGAUGCUUGGCAUGCAGAUGCCGCUUCUGUUCAUGGGGAAGGGGUUUACAGUGUUAGGUCCAAAGUGUUUGUCGCUCCAAAACUCUGGUACUUCAGACUCAACGUCAUUGAAGCUCAAGAUGUUGAGCCCGAGGACAAAACCCAACCUCCACAGGUUUUUGUGAAGGCUCAAGUUGGAAACCAGAUACUGAAGACUAAGGUGUCACAGACCAAAACAACCAACCCCUUCUGGAACGAAGACCUUGUGUUCGUAGCUGCCGAACCUUUCGAGGAGAAACUUGUGAUCUCAAUCGAAAUCAAGACACCCUCAAAAGACGAUCAAGUCGGGAGGCUAACUUUGCCCCUCAACGCAUUCGAGAAGCGGUUUGAUCACCGGACCGUCCACUCCAGAUGGUUCAACCUGGAGAAAUACGGGUUCGGUGUUCUCGAAGGCGACAAGCGACACGAGCACAAAUUCUCAACAAGGCUACACCUCAGGGGUUGUCUGGAAGGCGGUUACCACGUCUUGGACGAAUCGACUCUGUACAUUAGCGACGUGAGGCCAACUGCGCGACAGCUGUGGAAGCAACCCGUUGGGAUUCUUGAAGUCGGUAUCCUUGGAGCUCAAGGGCUUCAGGGGAUGAAGACUAGAGACGGAGGAGGAGGAGGAAAGACUACAGAUGCUUAUUGUGUGGCUAAGUACGGGCUGAAAUGGGUACGAACCCGAACCAUUCUCGACAAUUUGAACCCGAAAUGGAAUGAGCAGUACACUUGGGAAGUGCACGACCCUUGCACGGUCAUCACAAUCGGAGUGUUCGACAACUGCCAUCUCGGGCUGGGAAACGAAAAAUCAGCAAAGGAUUCGAGAAUUGGGAAGGUGAGGAUCAGGUUGUCAACACUGGAGGCAGACAGAGUGUACACCAUGUCUUACCCUCUUCUGGUUCUCCAACCGCCGUCCGGGCUCAAAAAAACGGGGGAACUCAAGCUAGCUUUCCGCUUCACAUGCUUCUCUCUCGCCCACACAAUCUAUCUGUACGCGCACCCAUUGCUCCCCAAGAUGCAUUACCUCCACCCCUUCACCGUCAACCAGAUAGACAAUCUACGGUACCAGGCGAUGAGCAUUGUGGCGGCGAGACUUGGGAGAUCGGAGCCACCUCUGGGGCGGGAGGUGGUGGAGUACAUGAUCGACGUGGAUUCCCACAUGUGGAGCAUGAGGAGGAGCAAAGCCAACUUCUUCCGAAUCGUUUCGCUCUUCUCGGGCGCCAUCUCAAUCGCCAAAUGGCUGGAGGAAGUGUGCAAGUGGAAGAAUCCGGUGACCACGCUGCUGGUCCACCUCCUCCUCUGCAUCUUGAUAUGCUAUCCCGAGCUGAUACUCCCCACAACUUUCCUCUACAUGUUCCUCAUAGGGAUGUGGAAUUUCAGGUCGAGACCGAGACAACCGCCCCACAUGGACACCAAACUGUCUUGGGCAGAGGCGGCCAACAAGGACGAGGUGGACGAGGAGUUCGACACGUUCCCCACAUCCAAACCCGAGUUCACGGUGAAGAUGAGGUACGACAGGCUUCGGAGCGUGGCUGGGAGAGUGCAGACCGUGGUGGGAGACAUGGCGACUCAAGGGGAGAGAUUGCAGAGCGUGCUGAGCUGGAGAGAUCCGAGGGCGUCUAGCCUCUUCAUUGUUUUCUGCCUUUUUGGGGCAAUUGCUCUUUAUGUUACGCCUUUCAAGAUCGUGGCUCUGAUUGCAGGGAUGUAUUAUCUGAGGCACCCCAAGUUCAGGACCAAGUUUCCUUCCGCACCACUCAAUUUCAUCCGGAGAUUGCCCGCUCGGGCUGAUACCUUAUUGUGAUUGCACGUGUGGCAGCAGCUGAGGCAAACCCGUUCCUCCAAGUGGAUACUCCCUCCGUCCCAAAUUAUUUGUCACAUUUCUAUUACCGAAGCAAAAUAUCAAGUUUUUUCAAUUUAUUCUAUUUACAUAUUCGUAAAGAAAUAAAAAAUAAAAAUUACAUAUCAAAAAACUACAUGAAAAGUUCUUCGAAAUAAGAGGUGUCAAAAAUAUUUUAUUUUAUGAAAUGACCAAUGAAAACGUAGAAUUAAACAAAAGUUCCCGCGCCUGUUGAAAAAGCAAAUGUGGCAAACAAUUUGGGACGGAGGGAGUAUCAAAUAAUACUCCCGUAGUAAAAUAACUUUACAGUCUGGUG